AUGGGUAAUCUACCAAAGCAUCGUGUAACACUCGACAGGCCUUUCUUCAACUGCGGAGUGGACUAUGCCGGCUCUAUUUCAAUCAAAUUCAACAAGGGUCGUGGAACAAAAUCAACCAAGGGUUACAUUGCUCUAUUUAUUUGUCUCGCUACUAAGGCACUACACAUCGAGGCAGUGAGCGAUUUAACCGCUGAUGCAUUUUUAGCUGCUUUGCGUCGCUUCAGUGCUAGACGAGGAGCUCCAAGUCACAUUUACAGCGACAAUGCAACAAACUUCGUUGGGGCUAAUCGAAAGCUCAGCGAAAUACAACGAUUGUGGGCUUCACUUCCUAAGAACGAAGCCGUUGCUCAUCAUUUAACUCAAGCAUCAAUAGAAUGGCACUUUAUACCUCCAGCAUCUCCUCAUUUCGGAGGAAUUUGGGAGGCCGCAAUUAAAUCAACCAAAUAUCACUGUAAAAGAGUAAUAGGUGAAACGCUACUUACUUUCGAAGAAUUGACAACUCUAUUGGCUCAGAUAGAAGCCAUUUUAAAUUCUCGUCCGUUAUGUAGUGUAAACAAUACUGACAUUGAUUGCAUUAAUAUUCUCACUCCUUCACAUUUUCUUACAGGAGACGUGAUCCUAUCCCCUCCUGAACUACCUCUUACUAGUCCUGCCAAUAUACGGAAUAGGUGGGAUCUCCUUCAAAAGAUGCGCAAGGACUUCUGCAAAUCAUGGACCAAAGCAUAUCUAUCUUCGCUUCAAACCAGAAAGAAAUGGAAGGACACUCAGCCGAAUAUGAAAAUUGGAGACAUCGUCCUGUUACUAGAUGAUGGUCAUCUUCCAGGUUCUUGGCCACUAGGACAAGUGGUCGAACUUCAUCAUGGUACUGACGGACUAGUUCAUGUGGCCACGGUUAAAACUAAAAACUCUGUUUUCAAAAGAAACAUUCAUAAAUUAGCACCUUUGCCCAUAUAUCAGGACUAA